GUCAUUAGUUACUUCCGGUAUCUAUGCGCAUGAUUGUUUAAAAUGCCAGGAAAUUUGAAAGAUGAAAACAAAUAUAUUAUAUUGACAGCUUAGCAUGAAAUGAUUUAAUGAAAGUAUGACACGACAUAGCAGUGCUGGUAGAAAAUCGGCGGCACCACAAAGAAAUGCUGGAAACAGUUCCCGAAAUAUUCCACCAAAAGACAAUUUAGAUGGAAGUUCACGGAAGAAGAAAAGAUUUAGAGCCGGAACUAGGGCCUUAAUGGAGAUAAGACAGUACCAAAAGACAACCAACCUUCUAAUUAGAAAACUACCUUUUUCAAGAGUGGUGAGAGAAAUUGCCAUGGCUAUUAGUCAUGAACCAUUGAGAUGGAAUGCAAUGGCAAUUUGUGCUUUGCAAGAGGCUGCUGAAGCUUUCAUAGUUCAUUUGUUUGAGGAUGCAAACAUGUGUGCCAUACAUGCUAAACGUGUGACAAUUCAGGUCAAGGACGUAUGGCUGGCAAGAAGAAUACGAGGAGACAUGUAUUUUUAGGCCAGUGUUUAGUUACCAGCAGACCAGCACCAAAGUUUUAUUUAUUGUCAUGAUUAUGUUUCUAGUAUUUUAACAUUUUGCUACAGAUGUGUACUAGAUGAGAGACAAAACUAUUUUUUAAAUCAUUGCAGCGUUUGAAUAUAACAAUAUAACUUUGAUCACACUGAUUUGAUUUAAAUCAAGAAAUGCUCCCUGGUUCAAACUGUAUGUUACAUUUUAGUCUCAAGAGUCAUAUUUUUUUAAGGAUCUUAUGUGGUGUUUAAGGUGAAAUUUUGUUGGCAAGCAUAGAUGAUAGAACUCACUCUAGAAAAUGGCAUUUUUAGAAUAACUUAUUUCAAUAACUUGUUUGACAGGGUGAUAUACAUAUUUUCAAACAUGGACUAUAGGAGACAACUCUAGAACUUUCUAUGACACAUUAGAGAAAGGAAAUAAUGUUAACCUGUCAGACUGUGUCAUUACAUCUUAAAUUUAAUUUGUUAGAAACUGUUUUAAUACAAUUUUUCAUGCUAUGUUUAUAAGAAGAACAAAUACAUAAUUGAGUGAAAACUGUAUUUUAUUUAGAUAACUUUUAUUUUAAAAAUGACCAGCAAUAUAUUUUAUUUUUAACAUUAAUUUUAGUAAACAAAACAUUGAUGAAUUUCUACAUGUUCUAUGUUCAAAUUAUAACAUGUCAGCAUAAUGUUUUUUCAAUGAAAUGAAUGGUCAUUAUCUGGUUUGUUAAUGUUAUUUUUAUGAAUAUGGCAAUAUAAAUAACCUUUUAUUCAUUUUACCAUGCUAUGGUCUUUUAUUGUUUAUAUUGUAGUUAUUUUAAAAAUUCAAAAUAAAAUUGAGAAAGGAAAUGGUGAAUAUGUCAAAGCGACAACCACCCGACCAUAGAGCAAACAACAGCAACAAUGUUUGUAUAACUGUCAGGUUUGUUAAUAAAAGUCAAGUGUAUAGCUUAAUCUCGUAUAGAUGCACAUCUGGUUUAAAAACCAGUUUAUGAUUAAUUUUGUGUUUACUUAUUUAAAUUAUUCAUCCUAAACGUACCUAACUAAAUGCAAGGUUGCCUUUGACCUUGAUGUAGGUCUGUUUAGGGUAGUAUGAAUUGUAAUUUAUAAGAAAUACACGAUAAUAAUGUUGAUAUAAUCUGAAAUAUUUUACUUUAUAAUAAAUUGUGUAUACUUUAGGUUGACAUUUAUAUCUUUGAUUUAGACUAACUUUUAUGUUCCACAGUCACUAAAGGGGGCAUUUGGUGUUAUCAUUAUCCUCUGUAUAAAUGUCCCAAAAUUGGUUUCCAUUCUUAAACUUUAGUUUGCCUCAAACAAAUGUUAUGAUACUUAUACACAAUGCUUAUUACCACAAAAUGCAGAUUGAAUUUGGGUGGUUACUUUUAUCAUUCUAAAAUUAUGUCCCUUUAUAAUGUCAUAUGGCUUAUGCAAUUAGAGGCAUCAUCUGUGUUCCAAAUUGACACAUUCUCCAUUAUUUCUUUUUCAUUUCAUGUUGGAUUUAUAAUACUAAAUCAGCUUACAAUAAUAUUUCAUAAUUUCCAAAUGUGUAAAUGAAUCACUUUUUAUGUUUUGAUCCAUCACAUCUAUUGGUAAUAUCCAUCAAAUCUAUUAUCUACAGGAGAGGUUUAUUAAAUAGGGACUUGCAACUCUUUGAGAAUUAUUUUUCUUAUACUUAUAUUGAUAUAGGACUAAAAAAAACACUAUCUUCUGGACAAACCAGAAAAAAGGUUGAAUAUGAAUUGUCUUCAAAUUUGAUCAAAUAAAUACUAAUGUAGUUUAUAAUCAAAAGAACUGAUACAACAGGGAGACUACAAUAGUAAGAUAUAUGUCUCUUAAGAAUAGACUUUUAUAGAUAUUUUAAAGUUUAGUGGUAAAAUUAUUAUCAAAUGUGAUUGAUAGGAGCUUCGGUUUUUAUGUUUUACAUGUAUAUGUAUGUAAUUUUGAAAUGUAUAUAGAAAUUCAUUUACCUAUGAAAUAAAAUUUAUCAUUUAAAAAUGACAUAACAAA